AUGCGCCUCAUCCACUGCACUCUUAGCAUUGCCUCCCAAGAAACCCUCGUUCAUCUCGAACUCCACGAGUACCUCCUUGACUUCCCCCGUUACGCAAUCCUCUCUCACCGCUGGGGUGCUCCCGAGGAAGAGCUCACGUUCCCAGACAUACAAAAGGGCCUAACCUUAACUAAAGGCAAGGGCUACGAGAAAAUCACAGGUUGUUGCGAGCAAGCCAUCCGCGAUGGAUAUGAGUAUGUCUGGAUUGACACGUGCUGCAUUGAUAAGAGCAGCAGCGCUGAGCUCUCUGAGGCCAUAAAUUCAAUGUAUGCGUGGUAUUCGGGAUCUGGUACUUGUUACGUGUAUCUAUCAGAUGUUCCCGGAGAGAAGGAACUCGAGGAUCAUUCCAAGGAAAAGUCGGCAUUCAGAAUGAGCGAAUGGUUUAGGAGGGGGUGGACGCUACAGGAGUUGAUUGCGCCGUCAUCUGUGAUAUUUUAUGCCGACAACUGGGUGUUGAUUGGAGAGAAAUCUGAUAUGGCCGAUCUUAUCCACGAUAUUACAAAUAUUGAUAUUGGAGCCCUGAAAAAUCAACGGGAUCGUCCUAUCAGCGUGGCGAAGAUGAUGUCCUGGGCAACGGGCAGGGUGACCACAAGGGAUGAGGAUAGAGCAUACUCGCUCAUGGGAUUAUUCGGUGUCAAUAUGCCCACGCUCUACGGCGAAGGCUCAAAAGCAUUUAUCAGAUUGCAAGAGGAGAUUAUGCGCACGACGUACGACCAAAGUUUGUUUGCUUGGGAAAUGAAUGGUACUGCACCAAGGGGCCUUUUGGCGGCAUCCCCGAACGAAUUUGCUGGAUCUGCAGAUGUGGUCUUGAUGGAUUAUAAUGAGUUUGCUGUACAGUUUGGGAAUAAAGAUCCGAAGCCUGAAUAUAAUUCGACGAAUUUUGGGAUACGGAUCCAGUUGCCUUUGGAGCAGAUUGAUAACGGAGAGAUCUAUAAGGCAUAUCUUGCGUGCACAACUCAAAACUCAGAUAUACCGGUUUCUAUAACUCUCAGGGGAUCACCUAGAGCGGCAAUAGAUACAUAUGAAAGAGUUGAUAUUCCUGCGCCAAAUUUGGACAACACCAAGCCAAUCCGACUUUCCGAUAUCCCAGUCAAAGAUAUUUACGUCUCGAGCCCAAACAGCCUUCUCCACAUGAACCCAACCACGACUCCCGAACUAGACAUUCACUUCACAAUCUCCCCCAACGAUUUUCUUAAACCACCCACAACGUUCCGCUCGAAACUCUUACUAAACUACCAUUAUGGCGCCUCUAUCAAACGUGCCACUGGGCUUUCCUUCACCGUCCGCUUUCGCCAAAAUGUUGAUGACCAAUACGUCGUCUUAUGCUUGGGCGAACUCCAAGGAUUAAUGACCAUGGAAGCCGAUUAUGUUAAGCUUUUUGUAGUGGUGGGGUGGUAUGGAAAGAGGCUGUGGUGUGAUGUUACCGGCGCAAAGUUGGCAAGUGAGACGAGUGUUUAUGAGUUGUAUAGGGAUUGCGACUCAAGUCCAGGGAACGUAAGGGCGAAGGGGAGAACAGAGUAUAAGUUGAAAGUAUCAUUUGGAGAGAAUAAACUAGCUGCUAAUUUGGGGGUUACUGUUGGUAGGGAGAGCGUCAAUGGCGGUAGAGAAUCUUAUAGCGCAGCUAUAGAGUUUAAUUGGACGUAG